AUGCAGAAAAUCAUAUCUUUUUCCGAGGUGGAGAAGCACGCGCAGGAGGACGACCUAUGGCUCGUCAUAAACAAGAAGGUCUACGACGUCACGAAGUUCGUUGACCAGCACCCGGGCGGCGUUGACACGCUCACCGGGGUGGCGGGCAAAGACGGCACGGACGACUUUAACUCCGUCGGCCACAGCGACACCGCAAAGGAGGAGCUCGAUAAGUACUACAUUGGCGACUUGGAUCCCAACGACGCCGACAAGCUCAAGGCCCCGCUGCACAGCGCCACAGACAACACAACGACCAUCGCUAUCGUGGUGGCACUCAUCGCCAUCUGCUUGUACCUCAUUUUCUUCCCCUGA